GUCGGAAGUGCAACGACUUGCCUUUCGUUUAUCUGGUAGGUUAGGUCGAAUCUGUGCGCCAGAGUUGUCGAAAAUGCUGCCAGAUUUCGUGGAUUUUCCGACUGAAUAGUGUACACAGGGUGUUUCGCGAAAAUGUGCAGAACGAGCGUCCGAGCUAAACACAAAAUCAGUGGGGUUGUGUAGUAUUAUUUCGUUUUGUUAACGUCUCUUUCUGGAAUUACCUACCUAGUUUGAAUUUGUUUUGUUAGGUUUACUUAUUUAUUUCUGUGUACCUGUGUGUCUUGUGUACUGUGUGUGUCCUUUAUACCUGUCCGUCUGUAUUUGUAAUGGGAACCUCCUGUGGGCUGCUAUUUGCAUUGUUUGUCGCUUUGGUAAAGGUUUCUCUUGGCGCUGAGCUCGUCAUCCAUAUUCCCGGCAACUUGGGCCAAGAUGGCGUCGUUUACAGACUGGACUACUUUCCGCCUUUUGGUCAUCCCGCUCCGAACACCACCAUAGCCUCGAAAGACAUCAGAGACGUCAUCAAGUUUUCGCAAGCUUUGCCAGGCACCAAAUACGAUUUCUGGCUGUACUAUUCCAACGCCACUCACAAUACUCUAACAUGGACUGCGAAUUUUACUACAGUUCCCGACCCUCCAUCAGGAUUAUCUGUCAACGUUCGGAGCGGAAAAACGGCCAUCAUAUCCUGGGAUCCUCCAUCCCAAGGCAGCUUCACCAGCUUUAAGCUGAAGAUCAACCCCUUGGUGCACAUCUCCGAUCAAAAACAGCAACCGGUCACUAUCGAUAACGUGGAUGGGACCAAGUAUGUGCUGAAUUAUCUUGUACCUGGAGCCACCUACCAAGUCCAAGCCUUCACGGUGUUUGAGAAUAAAGAAAGUGCAGCUUAUACUUCAAGAAAUUUCACCACAAAACCUAAUACCCCCGGAAAGUUCAUUGUAUGGUUCAGGAACGAAACGACGCUAUUGGUUCUAUGGCAGCCUCCCUACCCCGCAGCUAUCUACACCCACUACAAGGUCUCUAUCGACCCUCCAGAUGCCAACGACAGCGUACUGUAUGUUGAGAAAGAAGGAGAACCACCAGGGCCUGCCCAGGCAGCUUUCAAGGGGUUGGUUCCUGGAAGGGCUUAUAACAUUUCCGUACAAACUAUGUCGGAAGAUGAGAUUUCGACCCCCACUACUGCUCAGUAUAGGACGGUGCCCUUGAAACCACAGAAAAUUUGGUUCGAGAGAGACAAAGUUACCACAAACUCAUUCGUAGUACAUUGGGAACCACCUAGUGGUAAAAGUGAAUUCGAUAAGUACCAGAUUUCUUUGGGAACGGUGAGGAAACCACCGCCAGUUCCGAGGUCCAAAGAUGACCCAACUUUUUGGGAGUUCAAGGACAAUUUGGAGCCUGGAAAAACAUAUUCUGUGGUGGUUAAAACUGUUUCCGGAAAAGUCACAUCGUGGCCUCUCACCGGUGAAGUUACUUUGGAACCCCUUCCCGUGAAGAACCUCCGGUCGACGCCCGACCCCACCACUGGCGCGGAGACCAUCUCCUGGCGCCAGGACCCGGCCAGCACCCAGGACGGCUACCUGGUGGCCUACCACGAGGUGGAGAGCACCACGGGCGACAGCAACACGGUGACGGCGAAUGGGACGCGCAUCGGCCUGGAGGCGCUGCUGCCCGGCAGGAACUACUCGGUGGCGGUGCAGGCGGUCAGCGGGGACAGGCAGAGUACGGAGGAGGUUAUUUAUGUGGCGACCAAGCCCAGCACCCCGAUCAUCGAGGAUUUGAGGCCGAUGGUGGACGGUUUGAACAUUAGUUGGAAAUCCGACGUGAACUCCAAACAGGACAAGUACGAAGUCCACUGGAUCAGAAACGACACGAACGAGAGGAACAUACGGACCACAUACGACUCCAAGAUCAUUUUGAGUCAUCUCUAUCCCGGUGCCGGAUACUUGGUGAAAGUUUUCGCUAUAUCCCAUGGGCUGAAAAGCGAGCCGCACGAAUAUUUUCAACCAGUGUUUCCCAGGCCGCCCACGAACAUGACCAUAGACAAGACCACCACCAACUCUGUGAUCGUGCAGUGGCGCGCCCCCUCGGACUCGAUCGUCUCUGAGUACGCGAUCCGGUACAGGACCGACUCGGACAACCGGUGGGUGAGGUUGCCGGCCGUGCAGGAAACGGAGGCCGAGGUGACGGAUAUGACGCCGGGAGAGAGGUACACCGUACAGGUGAAUACCGUGAGCUACGGGCUAGAGAGCAACGAGCCGCAGCAGUUGAACCAUACAGUCAGACCCAACCCCGUAUCGAACAUCGCCCCGCUCGUCGACUCGAACAACGUGACGCUCGAAUGGCCGAGGCCCGAGGGCCGCGUCGACACCUACGUGGUCAAGUGGCGCGAAUCCGGCCACCCCGCGCAGGCGCACAGACGGAACGUCAGCCAGGACCGGAACGGCACGGGCCCGGUGCGGCUGCUGGUGGGCGAUCUGAUGCCCGGCGUGGAGUACAUGUUCGAAAUACGAGCCGUGUCGAAUGACUUGGAGAGCGAUAUCACCGUGUUGAGCACUAGGACGAUGCCUCUGAUCCAGUCCGAAGUCGUGGUGGUCAACAACCAACAGUCGACGGACACGUUAAGCCUCAGGUACACGCCCACUCCUCCCAGCUCCUCCAAAUUCGACAUCUACAGGUUCUCCCUGUCGGAACCCGACAUACCGAACCAAGAGAAGACCGCCAACGACUCGGACAGACUCGUGACUUUCACGAGGCUGGUGCCCGGCAGGCUGUACAACAUCACCGUUUGGACGGUGUCGAACAAUGUGGGUAGCCAGCCGUUGCAGAGGCAAGAUAGGUUAUAUCCCGAACCCAUCACGGGCAUCAACUCCACCUACAUAUCGGACACCGAAAUCUCUCUGACUUGGUCCUCCCCGCGCGGCGAAUACAACGCCUUCGAGGUGCAAUACCUCACCACCGAGAACGUCCUCAUCCAGAACCUCACGCUGCACAACUCGAUAACCAUCGGCGACCUGAGGCCUCACCGCAACUACACCUUUACGGUGAUCGUGCGCAGCGGUACGGAGUCGAGCAUCCUGAGGAGGUCGCUGCCCGUGUCGGCCAUCUUCACCACCAAGGAGUCGGUGCCGGGCAAAGUGGAGAAGUUCGAGCCGGUGGACAUCCAGCCCAGCGACAUCGUGUUCGAGUGGUCGCUGCCCAUGGCCGAGCAGAACGGGGUUAUCAGGAAGUUCACCAUAUCGUAUGGACUGGAGGGCUCCUCGCACCUCCAGUUCAAAGACUUCGGCCCCACCGAAUUCCGCGGCGUCAUCAGACAGCUGAUCCCCGGCCGCUUGUACGCGUUUAAAAUCCAGGCGGAGACGCGCGUCGGCUUCGGUCCGGAGACGGGCUGGAAGCAGAAGAUGCCCAUCCUGGCACCGCCGCGACCCGGCAUCCAGGUGGUGCCCACGGAGGUGUGCAAGAGCUCCACCACCAUCCAGAUCCGGUUCAGGAAGAACUAUUUCAGCGAGGUCAACGGACAGGUCAGAUCCUACGCCAUCGUGGUGGCCGAGGACGACUCGAAGAACGCUUCAGGCCUUGAGAUGCCCAGCUGGCGGGAUGUUCAGGCGUACUCGGUGUGGCCGCCUUACCAGGUGAUGGACCCCUACUUCCCCUUCUUCAACUCGUCCGUGGAGGACUUCACUGUGGGCGGGGAGUCGUGCGACGUCCGGCACUCGGGGUACUGCAACGGGCCGCUCAAGUCCGGGGCCACUUACAGGGUCAAGAUCCGGGCGUUCACCGCUCCCGAUAAGUUCACCGAUACGAAUUAUAGUUUUCCUAUCACGACUGAUCAAGACAACACUCCUAUCGUACUGGGUGUCAUCAUUCCAAUAGUUCUCAUAGUUUUACUAUUCAUCACCAUCAUUUUCAUACGGAGGAGGCGAUCUUUGGGAAAGAGAAAAGCCACCGAUUCAAGGGCGAACGAUAACAUGUCUUUGCCAGAUUCGGUGAUUGAGACUAGCAGACCAGUCAGGAUCGAGAAUUUCUCCAAUCACUAUAGAAUAAUGUCAGCAGAUUCUGAUUUCAGAUUUAGUGAAGAAUUCGAAGAACUGAAACAUGUAGGAAGGGACCAACCUUGCACAUUCGCCGAUCUUCCUUGCAACAGGCCCAAAAAUAGGUUCACCAAUAUACUGCCUUACGACCAUUCGAGGUUCAAGCUGCAACCGGUAGAUGAUGAAGAAGGAUCUGAUUAUGUCAAUGCCAACUAUGUACCGGGUUACAAUUCGCCGAGAGAGUUCGUAGUGACGCAGGGCCCCCUGCACUCCACCAGGGACGACUUCUGGCGCAUGGUGUGGGAGUCGAAUUCGCGGGCCAUCAUCAUGCUGACGCGCUGCGUGGAAAAGGGCAGGGAAAAGUGCGACCACUACUGGCCCUACGACACCAUGCCGGUGUACUACGGCGACAUCUCCGUGCAGAUCUUGAACGAGUCGCGGUACCAGGACUGGAACAUCUGCGAGUUUAUGGUGUGCAGGGGUGAGACUCAGAGGGUGGUCAGGCACUUCCACUUCACGACUUGGCCAGACUUUGGGGUUCCAAACCCACCUCACACUUUGGUCAGGUUCGUCAGAGCUUUCCGAGAGAGAGUGCCUCCUGAUCAGAGGCCUAUCGUCGUGCAUUGCAGUGCGGGAGUCGGUAGAUCGGGCACCUUCAUCUGCCUGGACAGGAUCCUCCAGCAAAUCCUCGUUUGCGACUACGUGGACAUAUUCGGCAUCGUCUACGCCAUGCGCAAAGAGCGCGUUUGGAUGGUGCAGACCGAGCAGCAGUACAUCUGCAUCCACCAGUGCCUGUUGGCCGUGCUGGAGGGCAAAGAUCUGAGCUCCUCCACCAGGGAGAUACACGACAAUCAAGGGUUCGAAGAAAUGGUAUCUGCGUUUAUAAGGCGUUGUAAAAAGCUGCUAUUCUGUGGUGCAGGCAAAGGUGUCGGUGCUGUGGUCGCCUCCGAUUUCCCGCCAGAGGAAAAACUGAGAUGAUGAAGGCAUAGCUGAAUCCGGAAUGUGAAGAAUUGUUUCUACAUGAGUGUUGAUAUUAUCAGUGAACAAUCCAUAUAUGGUUUAGAAGCCCUAUUUUUGAUAGGUGGAUUUUAUAAUGUUUCAUGACAUUUUUAUAUACACAUAGACUCAUCAUUUUACACAUGUUAUAGCAAGCUACCUAUGUAACCAUCUAGGAAUUUUAUAUAUUGAUAUUAUUGGACAUAAGAGUUUUUUACUGAAAUUUAGAUGGGUAUUACUCCUAGAAUGUGGUCUGUAUUGUUAUUAUUUAUUGUUACAUAUUUGGUACAAAAAAUUUACUAAUCUGAUAAUUAUAUAUAGGUAUGUAUAUUUUAUUUGUAUUUCAGAAACUGUUUUUAGGCCUAAUGAUAUUAUUCAUAAUAUCAUUUUGGGAGUGUAUUUUUUGGUAUACAAAAAAUGAUUCUGUGAUAAUUUUAAUUUGGGUUUUGGAAUUAUGGAUAGAUACACUCUGUUGUUACAUAUUUCAACUCAGAUCCUUGACUAAUUCUAGUGUUUACCUUGUCCCUGUACUUAAUUUUACUUUAAUAAUAAAGUAUUUUAUGUAAUACAAAGAAGUUUUUCAUUCCUAUAAAUAAUUGUACCUGAAAGAUCAUCCAAUAUAGUGGUGAAAUGAAAUAAACUCAAAAAUAUAAAAAUUUCAGAAUGUAAAUAUAUUUGCAAUGAAUGUAUAUAAAAUAAAUCAAUUUAAAGUAUACAACACAAGAAGUCAACAACAGAAUCCUACCCUAUCCCUUGGAAUGAGCCUCAAUUCUGAGCCAUGUUUCAGAAAUACAGU